GCAAAUUUCAUCUUCCACCAGCAUAUUAAGCUCCCCAGGAGUUGUCCAAAACCCUAAAAAACCUCCAUAGCAUUACACAGAGGUUAAAGAGACGGCAUACCCUCGCUGUCCGCCUUGACCGAGCCCUCAGCUUCGUCUUGGCCCUCGGUUUUGCUCUUAACCCUUUUUCCUUUCUUGUACUUUACAUUUUUCUUCAGAAACCCAUUUCAAUGGCGGUCAAACCCACCAAGGCUGAGAAGAAGGUCGCUUACGACUCCAAGCUCUGCCAGCUCCUCGACGAGUACAGCCAGGUCUUGAUUGUGGCCGCUGACAAUGUCGGAUCUAACCAGCUCCAGAACAUUAGGAAGGGUCUCCGUGGUGACUCUGUGGUGCUCAUGGGAAAGAACACCAUGAUGAAGCGCUCUGUGAGGAUGCACUCUGAGAAGACUGGAAACAAGGCUUAUCUCAAUCUUCUUCCCCUUCUUGUUGGCAAUGUUGGUUUGAUCUUCACCAAGGGUGAUUUGAAGGAAGUCAGUGAAGAGGUGGCUAAAUACAAGGUCGGAGCCCCUGCUCGUGUUGGUUUGGUUGCCCCAAUUGAUGUCAUCGUCCCACCAGGCAACACAGGGCUUGACCCAUCUCAGACCUCUUUCUUCCAGGUUCUUAACAUUCCAACCAAGAUUAACAAGGGUACUGUUGAAAUUAUCACUCCUGUGGAGCUCAUUAAGAAGGGUGAGAAGGUUGGAUCUUCCGAGGCAGCUCUCCUUGCCAAGCUAGGAAUUAGGCCAUUCUCUUACGGUCUAGUUGUUCAAACUGUUUAUGACAAUGGGUCAGUCUUUAGCCCUGAGGUGCUUGACAUGACUGAGGAUGAUCUCCUCGAGAAGUUUGCUUUGGGUGUUUCCAUGGUUACAUCCUUGGCAUUGGCCAUUUCAUUCCCAACAUUGGCUGCUGCACCACACAUGCUCAUCAAUGCAUACAAAAAUCUUCUYGCUGUUGCAGUUGCCACCGACUACUCGUUCCCUCAGGCUGAGAAAGUUAAGGAGUACCUCGAGGAUCCUAGCAAGUUUGCCGUGGCUGUGGCGGUAUCUGCUGCUGAUACUGGCUCUGCCCCUGCAGCUGCUGCAGCGGUGGAAGAGAAGAAGGAAGAGCCAGCAGAGGAGUCUGAUGAUGACUUGGGUUUCAGCUUGUUCGAUUAAACAGUAUUUUGAGUUACACAGUUGUUUAGAGAUCAGGAACUUUUGCGUUUGCAUUCUCCCUUGACACUCAAAUUGAAGUUUCCAUUAUGUUUUUAGAAGUUAUACAUUAAGCUUGAUGUUGUAGUCAAACUUGGUCUUUAGGUUUCCAACAAAUACUGUGUUUGAUUUAUUUUUAUGAAAUAUUGUGAUGUUUUUGUUCCAA